AUGGUAGGCCAGGCUGGUGCUGCUGAAGCCGCUGGGGCCACAGGGACGUCGGCCCACUCACUGGAGAAGCUGUUCGGGUUACCCCUUCCGCCACCACGGAUUCGCGUCCGGCCCUGGUGGUUUCCUGCGCAGGAACUGAACGACCCUUUGGUGUUUUACCUGGACGCCUGGGUAGUGGACUCAAUGUUUGGUAAAGACCGAUCUAUACUCUCGGAAAUAGAGUGGAUGAGCCAAGCCUUGCUGAGGGUGGACACAACGGACACUGGAAACUUAGUCGAAAUCACCGUGUUUGGGCAUCCCCGCGUAAAGAAUCGGGUGAAGAGCAUUCUCCUGAGCCUGGCAACGUGGUACCGAGAACUUCGUGACCAAAGAGCUAAGAAGAUAAAACACCUUGAGGAGUUCUUGAAGGCUCGUGCAUCAUGUCCAGACGCUCUUAAGCAUCCAGUUCAACACAAUCAAGAUUGCAAUAAUUAA